AUGGACUCUAAGCGUUGUUGCACCAUGCUUGCUUUAAUCAUCGCUAUUUCGUUUUCCACCAUGGACACCACAUUAGCAUUACCACCACCUGUGGUCGAACCUCUGCAACUCCCACCUGUGGUGAUUCCACCUAUACAACUCCCAUCUCUCAACAUCUCACCUAUCGACAUCCCAUCUAUACAACUCCCACCUAUCGUCUUCCCACCUAUUCAAUUUCCACCUAUCGUCUUUCCACCCAUCGGACCUAUACAACUCCCACCUCUGCAACUCCCAUCUCUACAACUCCCACCUCUUGUUUUCCCACCGAUCGACAUCCCAUUUAUACAGCUCCCACCCAUCGUAUUCCCACCUAUAGAAAUCCCACCUAUCGAACUCCCAUCUCUGCCAUAG